CCAAGAAAAGCCCGGGGAGCGCAUGUGCUGUCAUAGCCCGCCCUUCCCUCAGACAUCACUUCCGGCAGUGCGUUUUCCUUGCGUUCCUCGUUUAUUUCCUCCGUGAAGCUCUCGGGCCGAGAGGAUCGAGGCAGGCCAGCAGCGCGGCACCAUGAACGAGGCGGAAGUAAAUCCGAAGGCUUAUCCGCUUGCAGACGCUCAGCUCACCAGGACGCUCCUAGAUCUCGUGCAGCAAUCCUGUAACUACAAACAGUUACGUAGAGGUGCUAAUGAAGCCACUAAAACCUUGAACAGAGGAAUUUCUGAAUUCAUUGUGAUGGCUGCAGAUGCUGAGCCCCUUGAGAUCAUCCUUCACCUCCCACUUCUCUGUGAAGAUAAAAACGUGCCCUAUGUGUUUGUACGCUCCAGACAGGCCCUGGGACGGGCAUGCGGUGUUUCCCGUCCUGUUAUCGCUUGCUCCAUUACUAUUAAAGAAGGUUCACAGCUGAAGCCCCAAAUACAGUCUGUACAACUAGCCAUUGAAAGACUUUUGGUCUAGAUUUCUUGGGCCAGUCAUAUGAUACAAAAAUAAUUUGAAAUGUUUGUUUCACCGUUCUAUCCAAAUCUUGCUAUUUGUACAGUGCUUUCACUUUAGUUUAUUGUUUAGCAAAUAAAUAUUUUCCAUCUAUAUUGCUCAGUCAUACUUGUUAAUUUUUUAACAAAAGAAUGCUCAGUCAAUUUAAGAUCUUCCCCGUGAAGGUAUGUCUAGGUUGUCCUUUUUGUCAGUGUUUUAUCUGCAGAUCAGCUGCUCAUUAACUACUUUGAGUUCUAAUAAAUAGAAAGUAUAUAAUUUUA